AUGCCCAAAGCUAUUAUCCUAAACGCUACUACAAUCUCGUCCUACACGGACGCAAUAUUCGACACCAGGCCAACAACACUUCGUCGCCUCGAAUGCCCUGCACUGAAUGCCACUCGAUAUCAGUCGCUAAGGGUAGCCGGCUUUGCCAGCAACAAAAUCGAAUACGUGUUCCCGCUCAAUCUGCGACAGAAUCUGCCCGUGCUUCCGACCCUUCUUGGUGCUAUAGUAGAAGCCAUCCGAUUUCUAGGCCCCAAAAAUUGUGUCCUGUCCAUUGUCGAGGGCAAUUCGCCCGACGGCACCUUCGAAGUGGUUGAAGCUUUACGGCCCGGCCUCGAAGAUCUUGGCGUCACCUACUUCUACCAGACGACGGCGCUGAAUCCAUCCAACGGUGAUCGCAUUGAGAAGCUCUCAGCCCUCCGGAACGCGGCUCUCCAACCAAUCUUUGACAACCCCGGCAUGGUGUCUCCAUCAUCCACCGUCAUCUUUCUGAACGACGUACUGGCAUGCGCAGAGGAUAUUCUCGAGUUAACGCUCCAGCUGCGCCUGUUGAAUGCCGACAUGACAUGCGCCAUGGACUGGGAAGUGACGGAUCCGCCCCGUUUCUACGAUGUCUGGAUCGGAAGAAGCGUGUCUGGAAAUUCGUUUUGGGAAAUUCCAGAAGACAUGAGGUGGAAUAGACCUUUUGAUCUGUUCUGGAACGAACCCGAGACGGCCAGACGGUUCAGGGAUCGCGUACCCUUUCAGGUGUUUGCCUGUUGGAACGGCGGCGUCUCGUUCCGAGCGCAGCCGCUCUUGGAAGGGCUGAGGUUCAGGGCCCCCAAUUUCACAGCCGGCGAGUGUGUGCAGGGCGAGCCGCAGCUGUUCUGCGCGGAGCUGUGGUUUCGAGGCCAUGGCAGAAUUGCCGUCGUUCCUAGCGUGAAUUUCGGAUACAAUAAGCCGGAUUACGCGUACAUAAAGAAGAGGAUGGGGUUUGUGUCGGAUUGGGUUGGAAACCAGCCAUCAACCACGGAACAGAUUGAGUGGGUUGGGCCGCCAGACGAGGUCAAAUGCAUUGAGCCAUGGUCGAAGCAGUUCUGGCAGCCCUGGAAUGCGGGCCUAGGUGAGGCAUCGAUGACGCGAAGCAUCGUGUAA